CUGCUCCCUCCUUGCAGAUCAAGAGACAGCAUGGCUGCGACUGCUGCCGUCAGCCCCAGUGAAUACCUGCAGCCAGCUGCCUCCACUGCCCAGGACUCCCAGCCGUCUCCUCUUGCCCUCCUCGCAGCGACAUGUAGCAAGAUCGGUCCCCCUGCAGUGGAAGCCGCCGUGACUCCUCCUGCCCCUCCUCAGCCAACGCCUCGCAAACUUGUCCCCAUCAAACCUGCUCCGCUCCCUCUGGGCUCCGGUAAGAACAGCUUUGGGAUCCUGUCGUCGAAAGGGAACCUCUUCCAGAUCCAGGGCUCUCAGGUCGGCACCUCCUACCCUGGGGGACAGCUGGUUUUUGCCAUUCAGAACCCGACUGUCAUCAACAAGGGCACCCGCUCGUCCACCAACAUCCAGUACCAGGCGGUGCCCCAGAUCCAGGCUGCAGGGGGACAGACCAUCCAGGUCCAGCCCAACCUCACCAACCAGAUCCAGAUUAUUCCAGGCACGAAUCAAGCGAUCCUCACCCCUUCCUCUUCCUCUCACAAACCCGUGCCCAUCAAACCAGCUCCGGCGCAGAAAGGUGGAGCAUCACCAGCGCAGGGCACGAGCAACGUGGUCAAGUUAGCCGGCGGGAGCAACGUGACUCUUACCUUGCCCGUGAACAACCUGGUGAACGCCGCUGAGUCGGGCACACAGGCUCAGGUCCUUGCAGAGAGCCCCUCGAAGCCCAGCAAAAAGACUCGAAAGAAAGCCAUGUCACCUGCCCAGCCUGCCGCCAUGGCCGUGGCCGAGCAGGUGGAGACGGUGUUAAUAGAGACCACGGCGGAGAACAUCAUCCAGGCGGGCAACAACCUGCUCAUCGUGCAGAGCCCGGGCUCCGGCCAGCCGGCCGUAGUGCAACAGGUACAGGUGGUGCAGCCCAAGCAGGAGUCGCAGGUAGUGCAGAUCCCGCAGCAGGCCCUGCGCGUGGUCCAGGCUGCCUCCGCCACGCUUCCCACCGUCCCCCAAAAAUCUUCCCAGAACUUCCAGAUCCAGACGACGGAACCCACUCCUACCCAGGUCUACUUCAAAACACCGUCAGGUGAGCUGCAAACAGUGCUGCUCCAGGAAGCCCCAGCCAUGACAGUGGCUCCGUCUGGGACCUCUUGCAGCAGCCCGGUGACCCGCAGCUCUGGCACGGGGGGCAGCAGCAGCAGCAGCAAGAAACCAGACACGCGCAAGGAACGCACUCUGCCAAAGAUCGCCCCCGCCGGAGGCAUCAUCAGCUUGAACGCGGCUCAGCUGGCGGCCGCGGCACAGGCCAUGCAGACCAUCAACAUCAACGGCGUGCAAGUCCAGGGCGUGCCUGUCACCAUCACCAACACCGGAGGCCAGCAGCAGCUGACUGUGCAGAACGUCUCCGGCAACAACCUGACCAUCAGUGGCCUGAGCCCGACCCAAAUCCAGCUCCAGAUGGAGCAAGCGCUUUCCGGAGAGAUUCAGCCAGGGGAGAAGAGGCGACGGAUGGCGUGUACCUGCCCCAACUGCAAGGACGGGGAGAAGAGGCCGGGGGACCCAGGGAAGAAGAAACACAUCUGCCACAUCCCGGAAUGCGGCAGGACCUUCCGCAAGACCUCACUGCUGCGUGCUCACGUGCGCUUGCACACGGGCGAGCGCCCUUUCGUCUGCAACUGGCUUUUCUGCGGGAAGCGCUUCACACGCAGCGACGAGCUGCAGCGGCACGCUCGCACGCACACAGGUGACAAGCGAUUCGAGUGCGCGCAGUGCCAGAAACGCUUCAUGCGGAGCGACCACCUGACGAAGCACUAUAAAACCCACCUGGUCACCAAGAACUUGUAGGGACCGCGACUCCCCGGCUGUGCGGACAGACCCU